AUGAGGACCUUGGAGACUACUAAUAUCUCUGGAUUUGUGAAUGAGUUCAUCCUCUUGGGCUUCCCCUGCCGCAGGGAGAUUCAGAUCCUCCUUUUUGUGGUCUUCUCCUUCAUCUACCUCCUGACCCUCAUGGGUAACACAUCCAUCAUCUGUGCUGUGUGGUCAAGCCAGAAACUCCACACACCUAUGUACAUCCUCCUGGCCAAUUUCUCCUUCCUGGAGAUCUGUUACGUCAGUUCUGAUGUGCCCAUAAUGUUGGCCAAUCUCAUCUCCCAGACAAAGAGCAUCUCCUAUGCCAACUGCCUGCUCCAGUUCUACUUCUUCUCCUCCAUGUGCGCUGCAGAGUGCUUAUUUCUGUCAGUGAUGUCUUUUGAUAGGUUUAUUGCCAUUUGUAGACCUUUGCACUAUCCCACCCUGAUGACCCAUCACGUUUGUGCUCAAUUUGUGAUCUUUUGCUGGGUGGGUGGCUGUCUCUGGUUACUGACCCCUUUGACACUCAUAUCUCAGGUGCCCUUCUGUGGUCCAAACACUAUCGACCACUUUUUCUGUGAUCUGGGACCUUUGCUGGCACUGUCUUGUGCUCCAAUACCUGGAAUUACUCUGACUUGUGGUAUCAUUAGCUCUCUCAUCAUCUUUCUUACCUUCUUGUAUAUCCUUGGGACUUAUUUCUGUGUCCUAAGCACAGUGCUACAGGUGCCCUCAAGCUUAGGAAGGCAUAAGGCUUUCUCAACUUGUGGCUCUCACCUUGCUGUAGUGUUUCUCUUCUAUGGUUCCCUUAUGGUGAUGUAUGUUAGCCCAGGUUCUGGGGACUAUCGUGGGAUACAGAAAUUUGUGACUUUGUUCUAUGCUUUGGCAACUCCAUUCUUUAAUCCCCUGAUCUACAGUUUCCAGAACAAGGAUAUGAAAGAGGCACUAAAGAAAUUUCUGUAUGUGUUACAGUAG